UGGGGCUCCCGGUUGGGGCUCCCGGGGCAGGAUCCCGGUGCGAUUCCCGGUUGGGGCUCCCGGGACAGGAUCCCGGGGCCGGUCCCUGUUGGGGCUCCCCGGGCAGGAUCCCGGGGCACGGUCCCGAUGCAAGAUCCCGGUGCGAUUCCCGGUCCAGGCUCCCGAGGCGGUUCCCGGUUGGGACUCCCGGGGGUCCCCGCGCCCCCCGCCCCGCCCGCCCCCCCGGCGCAGGCUCCGCCCGGCGGGCCGCCGCAGCGGGACCGGGGGCGGGCGAGGAACGGGAAGCGGCGGAUGCUCCGCGGUGCCCGGUGCCUCGGCUGGGGGCGGCGGCUCCUCCCGGUCACCGUGGCCCCGGCAUCAUGUCCCGGCAGCGCUGAGGGUGGCGGGACGGGCGACGCGCGGGCGAGGAACCAUGGGGAGCAUCUACAAGGAAUAUUUUAACACGGAGAAGAUCCGAGAACAUUACAACUACACCAAGGAAGGUUCCGAAAGCCCCCCCAGCACCUCCCGUUGGGUGGUCUCCAUCCUCAUCAUCGUCCUGUGCUGCUUCAUCGUGCUGGAGAACCUGCUGGUCCUCAUCUCCGUUUGCCGCAACAAGAAAUUUCACUCGGCCAUGUACAUCUUCAUCGGGAAUUUGGCUUUUUCCGAUCUUCUAGCCGGCUUGGCUUUCAUGGCCAACAUUUUAUUCUCCGGAGCCGCCACCUUCAACCUGACGCCGGUGCAGUGGUUCGUGCGGGAGGGCACGGCCUUCGCCACCUUGGCUGCCUCCGUCUUCAGCUUGUUGGCCAUCGCCAUCGAGCGCCACGUGGCCAUCACCAAGGUCAAGGUCUACAGCAGCGACAAGAACUGCCGGAUGGUGCUGCUCAUCGGGGCUUGUUGGGUGAUCGCGGCGGCCAUCGGCAGCCUCCCCAUCAUGGGCUGGAACUGCAUGAGCGACCUGCGGGAUUGCUCCACCGUCCUCCCCCUCUACUCCAAACGCUACGUCCUCUUCGUCAUCACCAUCUUCACCCUCAUCCUCCUCGCCAUCGUCGGGCUCUACAGCCGCAUCUACUGCAUCGUGCGCUCCAGCCACGCCGAGAUCGCCACCGCCCAGACCCUGGCCCUGCUCAAGACCGUCACCAUCGUCCUGGGAGCCUUCAUCAUCUGUUGGCUGCCGGCCUUCAUCAUCCUCCUCAUGGACGCUUCUUGCCCCGUCCGGGCGUGCCGGAUCCUUUAUAAAGCGAACUAUUUUUUUGCCUUUGCCACCCUCAACUCUGCUGCCAACCCCAUCAUCUACACGCUGCGCAGCAAGGACAUGCGCCGGGAAUUCCUGCGGGUGCUAUGCUGCUGCGGUGCUGGGCGCCGGGACCAGCCCCCCGGCCGCUGCGGCUUCCCGCUCCGCACCUCCAGCUCGCUGGACCGCUGCACCCCAAAAUACGAGUUACCCACCUCGCCCAUCACCCGCGAGUGUACCACCUCCGUCUAGGGGGUCCCCCACGGCCACCCCACGGCCGCCCCACGGCUGCCCCCACUGCCGGGGCGGUGAGUGGGAUCAAGGUGGGAAUUUUUCCAGGUACGGAUGGACAACUGCACCUUCAUCUCGGGCAUCCCCCCCCU